GAAUACGAGGUAGAACGGAUUCUAGCAGUCCGUCUCCGUCACGCAAACCUACAGUAUCGUGUUCUGUGGGCUGGAUAUGAGGCCGACUCGAGUUGGUACAACGCAUCUAAUUUCAAGAAUAGCCAACGUAAACUCCGGGAGUUCCACGAGGCUAAACCUACGAAGCCAGGUCCCCCAGCAAGGUUUAAUCACUGGGAGCAAUGUUGGGAAGAAGAUAGAGAUGCAGAUGAUUUUCCAGACGAUGAUCAGCCCGGAAGGUCUGCGUGUAGGGGGCGGGCUAUGAAGUUGGGUCGGCCAGAUAUCUGAGAUUUUGGGUUAACUGAAUGUCAGCGUUUGCGCUCUCUUUGCAUGA